AUGUCUUCUCGAUUCACUUCCUCCUCGCAACCCGCAGCAAAGCAAUACCACUCAACCAACUCGCCAUGGGAAGCAAAGAUCGGCUACUACCGCACCGUCCGCCGUGGCCCCUUCGUCUUCGUCUCGGGCACUACCGCAGUCGACCCUUCCUCCAACGCCGCAAGUCCAAAAGUCCUUCAUCCAGACGACGCAAAAGCUCAAGCUCAUGUUGCAUUGCAAGAGAUCUUGAACGCUGUGAGAGCGCUUGGAGGACGUGGUGCAGAAAGCAUUGUACGCACCAAGAUGUUUGUUGCACGACAGAAAGACUGUGGGGCCGUGGCGCGAGCUCUCAGCGAGGUGUUGGGAAAGCAGAAUGGUGAUGAUAUUGGGUGUGCUGCUACCAUGAUUGUUGUAGGUGGUUUUGUGGACCCAGAGAUGCUUGUGGAGAUUGAAUGUGAUGCCAUGGUGGACAUGGAAAGCCGAGUCUAA